AUGAAGAAGGUGGAGAGACCCAGGCCUAUAUUCGACAGAGGGGGUUUGGAUAAGUCCAAAUAUUGUGCUUUCCAUGACGGACCGGGGCAUACUACUGAUCAUUGCUGGGAUCUCCGAGAUGCGGUGGAGAAGUUUGUUCGAGAUGGAAGGCUACGUCAAUACGUGAUAAAACCCAAGGUUCCAGAAACAAUAAAAGGAAAAGUGGAGUUUGAUUGUAAUGUAAUUAGUGGAGCCUUUGGGGGAGGAGGAGAUACUGUAAGUGCUAGAAGAAAAUAUCUGAAAGAGGUACUCUCUAUUCGAGAUCGUCCCAAGUUCAAAGAAGACCCAACCAAGCCAGACCCUCAUAUUUUGUACUUUACCAAAGAGGACAUGCGCGGCGUGUUGCCGGGUCAUGUUGACGGACUGGUCAUUGCAGGGACCCUAGUGAAUUGCAGGGUUCGAAAGAUUUUCGUGGAUGCAGGGAGUUGUGCCGACAUCAUACUCUGGGACGCUUUCAAAAAGAUGAACCUGGAUGAAGAGUACCUCAAACCUUGCAAAAUGACGCUGGUAGCCUUUAAUGGAGAGCAUAGACCUCUUAAAGGCUACAUUGAUCUCAGAUUAACCUUGGGAACAAAGGAUGCAUUCAGAUCAGAACGGGUUAGGUUUAUAGUGGCUGAUUUCCCUUCAGAAUAUAAUAUAAUCAUGGGAAGACCGACCAUACAACAAUGGGUAUGCAAAAUGUCUCACCGGGUUGAUGCUCAACCCGUCGACAUAAGGGGGCAAGGGACAUCCCGCGAGGAAAAAAUUCCCUCAUAA